AACGUCUUCAAUCCUCAAACUAACACCAACGUACAAACCGAUUAUGCCAUAUCAGCACAACGCAUCAUGCAAACCUCAGUAAUUGAAGCGUGGAUCAACGAAGUAGCAGAAAGCAACUCCAGCCCGUCCUUGAAGCGCAAGCGCGACAAUGAAGCCGACUACCCCAGUCCAAUGUCCAGUCCUACAAGAGGCCCGAAACGGCCAUUGACAGUGCCCAUUGAUCUGGACGCAACACCUCGCGCGCCACAAGAUGCCCAUGUCAUGCAGUUCAGAAAAGCUGCAUCAUCCUUUGCCGAGAGUCUGAAGAACGCUGGGGACCCACCGUCUGGGAAACGACGUCGUCAGUCGCCAAGCAAGAAGUUUUAUACCACUGCGAGUCUGAUGAAGCUCGACCCGCCUAUUCAUACCAUACAAACACCAGGCUUAUCGGUAAUACCAAAAAGUAUACGUGGCUUGUACACAGAUCUAUACCAUAUCGCAAACAAAGCGGGUAUUCUCCCGCGCAACAUUACGCAUCAUGACCCCAGAGGCCAUGGAGAACAUCAUUAUAUCGCCGCACAAUUGGAAGCAAGAUGAUGGUUUAAAUACUAAUUAUAGUAUUUUACUUAUAUAUUAUUAUAAUAAAGUCUAAC